AUGCGUGGCAUGGAACGCCUCUCUCGGCGCCAGGGGUUCACACCCUCUCGACAUCGGGCUGCCGCCCCUCUGCGGCGACGAGAACCUCGACGUCGGCCUGCCGCUCCUCCUCGGCGACAGGUGCACCUCCUCCAGCGCCCGGUGCUGCAGCUCCGGCGGGUAGUCCCUGACGCAAAUGAUCCGGGGUCCGGCGCCGGUGGUCCACUUGAAGGACCCUUGCUUCCCCAGCUGAUAUGA